AUGAGUUAAUAAAGUUGUUUCUUCAACGAAAUCACUUCGAUUGAAAAGAUUUAAGAGGAAUCCAUCUAUUAGCAAAGGUAUAUAUAAAUAAUUACUAAAGCCAAUCUAAUACACAAUAUUAUGUAAAUCAAUCAGAUAAGUCAAUUAAUUUUUUGUCAAAAGGAGGAAAUUAAUUCUUUUUACCUUUAGAUGUAGAAAUAAACUAAGUUUUCCCAUUGUCUGAAGGACUCUUACUAGGUUGGGGUAGAGAUGAAUUUAAUUACUCUGUUGUAUUAAAUCAUCCAUUAGCAUCAAUUACUACAUUAGGAACAUACAAUAGCACCUUAGGAACAAUUGAGCCUUGGAUACAUAUGUAGGAAGAAAUUAUUUAUGCUCAUAAAAUUCUGCCAAUAUUGAUAACCUAUAAUUCAUAAUUAAUGAGACAUUGUGUUUAUAUUUUAAAAGUUGAUGAUCAAUAAGAAGUACAAAAUUACAAUUUAAUGGAAAAAACUGAUUGUUAAGUAAAUUUUUACAAUUAUUUAUCAAUUAGAUUAUUAGUGAAUUAUAUUAUGAGGAAAAUAUAAAAGAAGAAAAGGCUAAAUAAUGUGAAAUAAUAAGAAGCAAUGUUGAUGGAGAAUUAUUGAUUUGCCUAUUAUCUGAUCAUACAAUAAGAAUUUUAGAAAUGAAUUUUUUAGAAGAAAAUAAAACUAAAAAUAUAUUUAAUAGUUUAAAACUCGUUUAAACUAUUCAAAAAGUUAAUUAAAUUUAAGUAUUUAAUAUGAUUGAUACAAUAUAUGCUGAAACUAUUUCUAUCAAAAAAGAAAAAUUGAAAUAUUAAAACAACUAAUUUGAAUAUGUAGCAUAUCAAAUAAUUAACCAUAAUAAUAUACCUUAAAAUUUAUUAAUUUUACAUACAAACUCAACUUUUACUUUGUUAAAUGGUAGUAAAAUUCUAUUAAAUUAUCAAAUUAAUGAAUAAAUUAAUGAUAUUUCUUAAUUUAAUUGUGCUCCUAUUAUAACAGAACCUUUAUUACAAACAAUCUUGAAUUCCUUAAAGAUUGCUUUGGAUACACAGUAAUAUAUUUGCUUGUUUAAAGAUAUUAUUAUCAACUGCUUGUAAAACUAGAAUCUCAAGCUAGAAAUGUCAAACAAUAACAUAGAUAAUGAAUUUAUGAGAUUUACUUACCUAAUGCUAUGUUACUUAAAAUUAAGUAGUAAUAAAAAAGAUUGUGAGGAUUAAAUUUAAAAAAAGAUUAAAAGUAAUUCUUCAUCAGUAUAAUAAUCUCCAAUCAAAGAAAUUUCUAAAUCCUUUUAGCAAUUAUUAAAAUCAAAUUAUCACAAAGAAAAUUCCAGUUAUCAUAGCAAUUAAUAAUAUUGUUAUUAACAGCCUAAUUAGUAAGAAAAUUUAAAUUUUAUAUACCAUAUGACUAUGGAAAUGUUUAAUGAAAUUUAAGACAAGAUUUUAUAUGUUCUACAUUUAUUGUAUUAAGAAUUAUUGUUAUCAGAUGAAAAGUAAGCUAAUAAAUUAUUGAUUUUAUUGUAUUAUUAUUCACUUAACAUGGAUAAUGAAGUUGCUGUUAAUUAUAGCGAUUAUUAUCUCAGAAUAAAUCCAGAAUUAUAAUAAAUGUAUUAAAACGAUAAUUUUAUUUCACUUUUGCCAACAAUUAGGUCGUUAACCUUAUUAGCUUCAUAAUAGUAAUAAAAUAAACAAAAGAUUUUACCUCCAAAUCCGAUAGAUUUAAAUAAAUGGUUGAGUAGUUUAUUAAUGAAUAAUCCAAUAUCAUUUCCAAUUUUAUUUAAGAAAACAAAAUAACUAUGCAUUAUAUUGCAAUCUAUUCUCAAGAAACAAUUAAUUCAUAUUUCUUCAAUAUUAUAAAGUGAAGUUUAAGAUUUUUAGGUUUUAUAUUAAGUACAAAAAACACAAUUAUUUUUUUAAAAAGUGAUAAAUCACAAAUUACAAAAUAAAUACAUUGAGUAAAAGAAAAAUAAACUAGAAAUGCUAACAAAAUUAAGAGGACCAUCUUUAAUGCUUUAUCUAUGCAGUGAGAAGCGUUGGAACAGAGAUACAAUAAACAAACUGCCUUUAUAAUUUAAAAUUGUAAUUUUAGAAAUCAUAACAUUAUUAAGAGAUAAUUUUUCUAAUGAUUUAAUGGGAUAAAUAAGAAAAGAUGCAUAUUUAUUAAUAGAUAGAAUGGAUAUCUAUUUGAAUUGCAAAUUGUAUAUUGAAAAUAAUGUAGAAUGUGAAUUUAAGAAAUAUGUGAAUUCAAUAUUAAGUGGUUAAAUAAAAAGUUUAUAAAAUGAGGAUGAUAAUGAUAUUUAAUAUGAUUAACAUUUGAUGUAACAGGUUAAGAGAUAAUUUGAUUUUAGUAGAGAUAUUAGAAUAAAAACAAAAAUGACAGAGCAUAUUCCUGAAGAGAGAUUGGAUUAAGAUGCUCCUUCUGUAUUAUUGAAGUUAUUAAAUAGAAAACUAGCAAUGUUUGUUGGAUUGGGAUCACUGACAUAUGGAACAAGUGAUCACUUCAUAACAGAUUAAAUAAAAUUUCCAUGUUUAAAUUUAUCUGGAAUUUUACAAUAGAAUAGUUUGAAAUUAACAAUAGAUUCAACAAGAGAAGAUUAUACAUAGAUGACAUAAUGGCCAGAAUUUCACCUAGGAGUAACGUUGUCAUUAUAAUUGUCAAAGAAGCUUAAAGGAUUAAGUCAAGAAUCCCUUAGAACUUGGAUAUUUUAUUAGAAACCAUAAAAUCCUUCUAAUAUUCAUGGUGGAUUUAUGUUAGGGUUAGGAUUAUUAGGAUAUCUAAAUUCAUUUAAUUAAAUUGAUUUAUAUUAACUUCUUACAUAAAACCAUGAAGCAACUAGUGUAGGAGUAUUAUUAGGAAUAGGUGCUUCAAGAAUUGGAACUUGUGAUGAACCUACAUAAAAAUCAUUAACAGUUCAUAUUCCAAGUUUAAUACCAAGUGUUUAUGAUUUAGAAUUACCUAGUAAUGUUUCUACUAGUGCGUUAUGUUCACUCGGAUUCUUAUUUAUGGCUAGUGGAAAUAGAAAUUUUACUGAAGUUGCUUUAGGUUUGAUUGGCAGGAAACCUCAUAAUGAUAAGGUAAUAGAUAGAGAAGGAUAUUCUCUUGCAGCUGGAAUAGCGUUAGGAUUAAUUAAUUUAGGAAAAGGAAGUGUAUGGAGAAGAGAACUUUAAAUUGUGGAUCGAUUAAUUAGAUUUGUAUAAGGAGGUAAAGUACUUCCUCCUCCUUAAUCUUCUUUAUCAACUAAUUUUAUGUAAAAUGAAAGUGUAAGUAGCUCAAUAAAAGAAGGAAGCAUGGUUAAUGUUCAUGUUACUUGUCCAGCUGCUCUAAUGGCUUUAAGUUUAAUGUUUAUGUAAAUGAAUCAAUAAAAUAUUGUGGAUUAAUUAAAUAUUCCUAAUUCUUUUAGCAGUCUAGAGAGUUGCAAUCCUAACCAUAUUAUUCUCAAAUCUUUAACUAGAAAUAUUAUUAUGUGGGAUAAUAUUCCUAUUAAUCAAACUCAAUUACACUCUUAAAUUCCAGAAUUGAUUUCAUUUUUAUUUGAACAACCUUUAAAAAAGAUUCAUUAAAAGUUCUAUUUAGUUUAUAAUGUAGAAGUUAUUGAUUUUAUGUCUGUAAGUAUGAUAUACACAGGUAUGAUUUCUGGAGCUUUAUUAGCCAUCGGUAUUAAAUAUGCUGGUACUCAUGAUUAAUAAGUCAAACAACUUAUGAUUAAAUAAAUUGAAUUCUUAAUUAAACUUAGAAUUUCUUAAAAUGAAUUUGCUAAUGAUCCAGACAAUAAAUGCGCUGUUGAUUAAUACACAUAUUAUACUAAUAUAGUCAAUGCUUUAUAAGGAUUAUCUCUUCUUAUGGCAGGAAGUUUUGAUUAAGAAGUAUUGUCAAUAGCUAAAUCUUUAAUACAAAAAAUGGAAAAUUCAUAAAUCUGGCAUUUUGGUUUUCAUUAAGGUAUUAAAAUGGCCAUCGGCUUUGUAUUUAUGGGAAAAGGUGGAUACUCUUUCAAAAAAUCUAAAAAAGCUAUAAGUAUGCUUUUAUUAUCUCUUUAUCCUUAUUAUCCAGCUAAUCCUGGGGAUAACAAAUAGUAUUUAUAAGCUUUAAGAUGGAGUUAUGUGUUAUCAAUUAGACCUAAAAUUUUUAAGAUUAUUGAUGUCAAAACACACAAAACUGUCAAUCUAUAAAUUAAAAAGGAAAUUUUUACUGACCCUAAUUAUUGCCAAUCAAACUUUUCAUUUACAAAUAAAGCAGUAUAAACUAUAUAUGUUUAAUCAAAAGUUUUAAGUUAAAAUAAUCAAGAUUUAUUAAACCCAAAUAACACUUUGAAUCAUAUUGAUACUCUUUUAUUAAUAGGGGACAUGUAAACAAUUGAUUUAAAACUUGAUGGACUUUAUGAAUAUAAAUUCAUUAAAAAUUCAAAAGAAAAGUCACAUUUUCUAAAAUUAUUAUAACACGAUCAAAGUAAUUUUAUUCAAAUUCUAGCCUCUUUAUUCAAUUCUAACAAAUAUACACAUAUUCCAAUUCUUGCAUUGUUUUAUAAAUUAUACCAAAAUAAAUUAGUACUAUCUUAAGAAGUUAUUUCAAAAUUGAUCCCUACAAUUAGUGUUACAAAUUCAGAAUUAAAUAAAUAUAUUAAUUAAGAUUUUAAAAAUAAAUCUUUAAAUUAGAUCUCUAAUAGAGUUUAUAGCUUUUUAUCAAUUUAUAACUUACCUUUCCUACAUGAUAUAAAAUAAAUAGUUAAAGUUGCUAAAUAAAUUCCUUUGCAAAUGCUAGAAUUUUAUCUAUAUAAAUCAUUUGAAGAUGUUCAAUAAUAAAAAUUAAAGCAACUAGCUCAUUCAAUAUUAUUGAAUUAAUGA